AUGCGCACUUCUACCAUUCUCUUCCUGACCUCCGCGGCCGUCGGAUUCGUCGCCGCCAACCCCGUUGCCCACAACGACUACUACGAGAAGCCCAAGGCCGUCGAGCACAAGUACGAGGCUCCCAAGAAGACCUACGUUGCUCCCAAGAAGGACGACCACUACUACGACGAUAACAAGCACACCUACGUCGCUCCCAAGAAGACCUACGUUGCCCCCAAGAAGGACGACCACUACUACGACGAUUCCAAGAACACCUACGUCGCCCCCAAGAAGGACCACUACUACGAGGCUCCCAAGAAGACUUACGUCGCUCCCAAGAAGACCUACGUUGCCCCCAAGAAGGACGACCACUACUACGACGAUUCCAAGAACACCUACGUCACCCCCAAGAAGGACCACUACUACGAGGCUCCCAAGAAGACUUACGUCGCUCCCAAGAAGACCUACGUUGCCCCCAAGAAGGACGACCACUACUACGACGAUAACAAGCACACCUACGUCGCCCCCAAGAAGACCUACGUCGCCCCCAGCAAGAACAGCUACUAUGAGGCGCCCAAGAAGACUUACGUCGCCCCCAAGAAGGACCACUACUACGAGGCUCCCAAGAAGACCUACGUCGCCCCCAAGAAGGAUCACUACUACGAGGCCCCCAAGAAGACUUACGUCGCUCCCAAGAAGACCUACGUUGCGCCCAAGAAGGACGACCACUACUACGACGACUCCCGCAACACCUACGUCGCGCCCAGCAAGAACGGCCACUACGAGGCUCCCAAGAAGGCCUACGUCGAGCCCAAGAAGACCUCGUACACUCCCCAGUACAAGGACACCAAGACCUACGUCGCUCCUAAGAAGACCUACGUCGAGCCCAAGAAGACCUACGUUGCCCCUAAGCACGACGACGAGUACGAGCACGACCACGACGACCACUCCGAUGACGAGUACGAGCACGAGCACGAGAACGGCUCCAAGCACGAUCACUCCGAUGACAGCUACAAGCACGGCGCCACCUACUAA